AUGGCAGAAGGUAACCUCCCAACAACGGGAGGAGAACUGGAGGAGAAAAAUGAGUUUCCAGCCACAGCAACAGAGGAAAGUCAAGUUACGUCAAGUGACGCUGAACUGGAUGUAUACAAUGACCCUUUAAGAGAAAUAGCGAAAGUAUGUCUGGAGAAAGGUAACAAAGAAUACAGACAAGGAGAAGCUAAUAAGGCGAUAAACUCCUACACGGAAGGACUUAAAGUGAACUGCAAGGAUGAACGACUCAACGCCAAGCUUUACAGCAACAGGGCAACAGCUCAUUUCCGUUUGGCAAACUACGUGGAAUGUCUCGAUGAUGCAACAGUUGCCGUUCAAUUGGAACCCUCUUUAAUCAAAGCUAUUAAGAAAGGAGCCAGAGCUUGUGUCGAACUUUGCUGGUAUAAAGAAGCAAGGAGCUGGUUGCAUAUGGGAUUGACUAUUGAAAACAAUAACAAAAGUCUGCUUCAAUUAAUGAGGAGAUCGAAUGCCGAACUAAAAGCCGGAGAGGGAGCAAGUUAUGGCAAUCUCGGCAACGCUUAUGACAGUCUAGGAGAGUUCAAAACAGCCAUCAAGUACCAUCAACGUCAUCUAGAAAUUGCUAAAGAAGUGGGAGACAAGGCCGGAGAGGGAAGAAGUUAUGGCAAUCUCGGCAACGCUUAUCGAAGUCUAGGAGAGUUCAAAACAGCCAUCAAGUACCAUCAACGUGAUCUAGAAAUUGCUAAAGAAGUGGGAGACAAGGCCGGAGAGGGAAAAAGUUAUUGCAAUCUCGGCAACGCUUAUGACAGUCUAGGAGAGUUCAAAACAGCCAUCAAGUACCAUCAACGUCAUCUAGAAAUUGCUAAAGAAGUGGGAGACAAGGCCGGAGAGGGAGCAAGUUAUUGCAAUCUCGGCAACGCUUAUGACAGUCUAGGAGAGUUCAAAACAGCCAUCAAGUACCAUCAACGUCAUCUAGAAAUUGCUAAAGAAGUGGGAGACAAGGCCGGAGAGGGAAAAAGUUAUUGCAAUCUCGGCAACGCUUAUCAAGGUCUAGGAGAGUUCAAAACAGCCAUCAAGUACCAUCAACGUGAUCUAGAAAUUGCUAAAGAAGUGGGAGACAAGGCCGGAGAGGGAAAAAGUUAUUGCAAUCUCGGCAACGCUUAUCAAGGUCUAGGAGAGUUCAAAACAGCCAUCAAGUACCAUCAACGUCAUCUAGAAAUUGCUAAAGAAGUGGGAGACAAGGCCGGAGAGGGAAUAAGUUAUUGCAAUCUCGGCAACGCUUAUGGAAGUCUAGGAGAGUUCAAAACAGCCAUCAAGUACCAUCAACGUCAUCUAGAAAUUGCUAAAGAAGUGGGAGACAAGGCCGGAGAGGGAAAAAGUUAUGGCAAUCUCGGCAACGCUUAUCGAAGUCUAGGAGAGUUCAAAACAGCCAUCAAGUACCAUCAACGUCAUCUAGAAAUUGCUAAAGAAGUGGGAGACAAGGCCGGAGAGGGAGCAAGUUAUGGCAAUCUCGGCAACGCUUAUGACAGUCUAGGAGAGUUCAAAACAGCCAUCAAGUACCAUCAACGUCAUCUAGAAAUUGCUAAAGAAGUGGGAGACAAGGCCGGAGAGGGAAAAAGUUAUGGCAAUCUCGGCAACGCUUAUCAAGGUCUAGGAGAGUUCAAAACAGCCAUCAAGUACCAUCAACGUCAUCUAGAAAUUGCUAAAGAAGUGGGAGACAAGACUGGAGAGGCGUGCUCACUCUGUUCCCUUGGAAGCAGUUAUGAGUGCCAAGGAAAUCUCUUGAGGGCCUUUGACCAUUAUUACUCCAGUGUAGAAUUGUAUGAUGAUAUCAGGGCCAGUCUUCAACUCAACGAUCAGUGGAAGAUUUGUUAUCGUAAUCAGCACCAAGUAGCAUACAAAGGUUUGUGGCGUAUAAAUCUCAAUCGAGGUCAAGUUGUGAAGGCUCUUCUUGCCACAGAGAAAGGACGUGCUCAAGCUCUGAGAGAUCUCAUGGUCACAAAAUAUCAGCCUGGAGAUUCUUUAACGCCCAGCGCAUCCCGCAUUUCUCUGAGGUGGGUUCCAUUGAGCACAGUUUUCAUAGCCAUUAAUGGACCAUGCGUUUACUUCUGGGUUUGCCUCGGUGAAAAUAAUAUCCAGAUGAGGGAAGUACACGUCAACGAUUAUAAGUUUGAGGAUGAAUUGGAAUUUUUCAUCCAGCAACUGAACAAAACUGCUCUUGAGGAGAUCGUUGCAAAAGAUACUAUUACAAUCGAAAAUCCUCCGCUUGACUCGCUGACAGAAGAGGAAGUGGCCAAUGAUGUGAUCCGAGUUGAUGUGAGGCACUCCCAAUCAAGUGCUUUAAAGAAGCUGCAUGACAUCAUCGUUACUCCUAUUGCUGACCUGAUCGAAGGCAAUGACGAGAUCACAUUCGUUCCUGAGGGACCAUUUAGCCUUGUACCUUAUGCAGCGUUGCAGGACUCCAACUCAUCAUAUCUAAGUGGUUCUUUCAGGAUUCGUGUGCUUCCCUCUCUGACAACCUUGCAACUAAUUCAUGAUUGUCCAACUGACUUUCACAUGAAGACUGGUGCAUUGCUUGUCGGCGACCCAUGUUUCAAACAUAUCAUCUACGAGGGUAGACUUUUGGUGCAACUUCCAGGAGCAAGGAAAGAAGUAGAGAUGAUCGGACGUAUCCUCAAUGUUUCCCCUCUCACUGGAGAAAUGGCAACAAAAGAUGAAGUGUUAAAACGAAUAUCAUCAGUGGCGUUAGUUCACAUAGCAGCGCACGGUAAAAUGGAAACUGGAGAAGUUAUCCUGGCACCAAACACCACAAGAGAUAACCCUCAGCCGCAAGAGAGAGACUAUCUACUGACGAUGAAAGAUGUCAUAGAAGCUGGGUUGCGAGCACGUCUGGUUGUACUUAGCUGCUGUCACACUGCUCGUGGGGAGGUCAUGGCCGAGGGUGUGGUCGGCAUGGCGCGUGCACUUUUGGGUGCCGGUGCCAGAUCUGUUGUGGCAACCUUGUGGGCGAUUGGCGACGAGGGAACCCUGGAGUUCAUGAGUUUCUUCUACGAUGCACUUGCCGAAGGCAAGAAGGCCAGUGAAGCUCUCAAUCAGGCCAUGAAGUGUAUGAGAGAAAUUGAAAAUUUCAAGGAGGUUUGGCACUGGGCACCAUUUGUACUCAUUGGUGACGACGUCAACCUGGAUUUCGAGGAGAUUUAGAAGCUGCAGCAAGUAAUAAUUCUGUUGAUACAUUCUAUUCAGUACAAAGUUACAUUAAAUCAUAAUCUUUGCUCAUAUGUGAGCAGUGAUACUUGCGUGUUAUUUUCCUUUCAGUUGGGUUACGAAUUUAUCUUUUGCUCCGGCAAAUUGAGAUGCAGUAC